AAAAAAAAAAUCAUAAAUUCAUUGGGGGAAAGAAGAACGAUUGUGGGUUUUCCUUUCGAUCUUUGAUCCCCCAAUCAUGAAUUGAUUCCAUUUUAUUUAUUUAUUUAUUUUUUUUGUAUAAUUGUUUCUAAAUUUUAACGAAUUUUUAAAAAGGAUGGUUAUAAUGAUCAUGAAAAAUGGCGGGAAAGAAGUAAUUAUGGAUGGUGAUGAUGAUGAUGAGAAUGGUGGUGGCGAGGAAGAAAGAAUCGUUCCGCCGAUUAAUUUUGCGAAUGUUGAAGAUCGUGUUUAUCGAUCUGGAUUCCCCCAACCUAUGAAUUUUCGUUUUCUUGAAACGUUACAACUUAAAUCUGUCAUAUAUUUGUGUCCUGAACCAUAUCCCAAGGAAAAUUUGGAAUUUUUAAAAGAACACAAUAUUCGUCUAUUUCAAUUUGGAAUCGAUGGCACUAAGGAGCCUUCUGUAGACGUUCUAAGGAAUAUUAUAACAGAGGCUCUCACAAUUUUGAUUGAUGUUAGAAUCCAUCCUGUGUUGAUACAUUGCAAACGAGGAAAGCAUCGUACCGGUUGUGUUGUUGGGUCCUUAAGGAAGUUACAAAAUUGGUGUUUGCCAUUGGUAUUAGAAGAGUACAAGCUUUACGCAGGGGUAAAAUCAAGAGAUACAGACUUGAAAUUCUUGGAGACUUAUGAUGUAUCAUAUCUAAGGCAGUGUCUUCACACUGUUAUAUACCAAUAUCAUGGAUACGGGUCUAAGAAACAAAGAAGAUUGCUCUCUGGAGAAGAAGGCCCACACACAUCAGAUGUAGCUUCAGUUUAGAUCCAUCACCUACGGUGGGGGUUUUAGAACGGUUUUCACUUUGCUAGGAUGACGAUGUUGUGUAAUGCUAAGUUUGGUUCGAAGAUUAUGCCAUAGAGCCAUUGAUUUUUAAGGUUCUUAUGAGACAAUUCAUCUUGAGUGUAAUCUGAUUUGUUCUAAUGUUUCAAAGAAGAACUUGAGUUAAUUUUGAGAUGAAAGAAAAAAAACUAUGGAUGUAAGCGUGAAAUUACCAAAAUGGUGUAUAAGUAACUUCUUCUGUC